UGACAUGAGCGACUUUCUUCAUCUUAAGUUUCCCCUUUUGGCAUCGCUUAAGGUCCAAACUUGAGCAUGUGACCCCAACAUGCUAUGCACCACCACAUGGUGUCUAAAGUUCCCAAUCCCAACCUUGAUGCAAAUAUGACAUGAAACAUAAGACCUUCAAUCAGCACACACAACACAGUAGUUGUAUUUAAAUGCUGCCAUGUCAGCCCCUUCUCCAUCCUCGUCACCGGCGCCACCACCAGAACUCUCUUCCUCUGCACCUCCCAGUUCAACUUCACCAUUACCGUUACCCUCACCGUCUCCAUCCCUAUCUCCAGCCAAUCCUCUGCCGGCACCACCACCACAAUCGCCGGCAUCAAUUUCUUCUCCUCCAGCAACCCUGCCACCUCCUCAUAGUUCCUCUCCUUCUCCACCAUCUACUACAACUAUAAGUAGUAGUGCACCUCCUCCUCCUCCUACUACUAGGAAAAAUCCUUUUGAUUCUCAUCAUUCUACUCCAUCACACACUUCUGGAUUGGCUCCCCCACCUCCAUCAGCACAAAAUUCUGGCCCGGGAAGCAGUAGUGGAACUAGUGCAGUGGCUAUUGUUGGUGUACUGACAGGAGUUCUGCUGCUUGGCUUCAUUGGCAUUGCUAUCUGGUGUCUGAGGAGGCAAAAGGAAAGGGUUUCUAAGAGUGGUGCUUAUGACUUGCCACCUGAAUCAGAUAUGCCUUUACAUAAGAUUCGUUCUUCAGCUCCUCUAAUAGAAAGAGCUUCCGGCGGUAAUACACCAUCAGGACUAGGCAACUCUAGGACAUUGUUUGCAUAUGAAGAGCUACUGAAGGCCACAAACGAUUUUUCAACUAAAAAUCUCUUGGGAGAAGGAGGAUUUGGUUGUGUGUAUAAAGGAUCACUUCCAGAUGGGAGAGAAGUAGCAGUCAAACAGCUGAAAAUUGAAGGAAGCAAGGGUGAGAGAGAAUUCAAAGCUGAAGUGGAAAUCAUUAGCCGCAUUCAUCAUCGCCAUUUGGUUUCCUUAGUUGGAUACUGCAUUUCGGAUAACAGAAGACUACUUGUCUAUGAUUAUGUCCCCAACGAUACCCUUUAUUUUCAUCUUCAUGGGGAAGGUAGGCCAGUGCUGGACUGGACAAAACGUGUUAAAAUUGCGGCUGGGGCAGCCAGAGGAAUAGCUUAUCUCCAUGAAGACUGCAAUCCACGGAUUAUUCACAGGGAUAUCAAGUCAGCAAAUAUUCUUUUACACUACAACUUUGAAGCUCGAAUCUCGGAUUUUGGGCUAGCCAAAUUAGCAGUUGAUGCUAAUACACAUGUAACCACACGUGUGGUGGGAACUUUCGGAUAUGUUGCGCCGGAAUAUGUAUCAAGUGGUAAAUUCACUGAGAAGUCAGAUGUGUACUCUUUUGGAGUCAUGCUUUUGGAGCUCAUUACAGGAAGGAAGCCAGUAGAUAUAUCUCAACCAGUUGGAGAAGAGAGUCUAGUUGAAUGGGCUCGACCUUUGCUGACCGAUGCACUGGAUAGUGAGGAAUUUGAGAGUUUGACAGAUCCAAAGCUCGGAAAGAACUACGUUGAAAGCGAAAUGAUUUGCAUGCUUGAAGUUGCUGCUGCUUGCGUGCGAUAUUCGUCUGCCAAAAGACCUCGAAUGGGACAGGUUGUUAGAGCUUUGGAUAGUUUAGCUACUUGUGAUCUUUCAAAUGGAAUGAGAAUUGGGGACUCUGCACUCCAAUCCGCAGAAAUAAGAUUAUUUCGUAGGAUGGCAUUUGGAAUUCAAGAUUAUAACUCCGACUUUUUAAGCCCCAGAGAGUAAUUUGAAUACUUAAGAGGCUAUCGUAUAUCUAGGGUGAGUCUAAAUUUCUUGUCACACCCUUGUGAAAUUAAGUUAGUUUUAGAUAUGACUCUUCUGAGGUGAGUACCCGAAAUUGAUUGUAUCAUGUUUGCUUGAUUCUUGUAACAAACUCUUCUUGUUUUUUUUCCACUUUUUUUUUAUUCUUUGUAUUCAGAUUAUUAUUAUACUUUAUGAUAUAUGAUUGAUAUGUA